AGGCUGUGGCAGAGAUCGCAGGAGGGUCGGAGCGUUACGUUCAGAUCGGCAGUUCCGUUCACCUCACGUGCACUCUCAAGCACUUCACAGAGCCUCCCACCUACGUGUUCUGGUACCACGCCGAGCACAUGGUCAACUACGACUCCAACAGCCGGAUAACAGUGGCCAACGGAGUGGGCGAGAGUGAGCUGAGGAUUUCUCAGGUGACGAAGGCCGACAGCGGCAACUACACCUGCCAGCCGGCCAAUGCUCGUCCAGCCUCCGUCUCCCUUCACAUAAUUACAGGAGAGACUCCGGCAGCCAUGCAGCGAGCUAGUGCCACGGAAGUACAGUACCGCGUCAGUAUAGCACUCAUGUCCUCCCUCCUAGCACUGGUAGCUUUGUAGGCUCCGCCAGCAACUGCAGCCCACAGUGGUCACCGUGACAUUCCUUCCUGUUGCCGCCGCCUCCCAUGGCUGGACGUGGUGUGAAGACCUGGCCAGCGGUCUGCGGCCAGGACCAGCGGCCUAGGGUGAGGACCAGCGGCCUGCGGUCAGGACCAGUGGCCUGCGGUCAGGACCAGCGGCCUGCGGUCAGGACCAGCGGCCUGCGGUCAGGACCAGCGGCCUGCGGUCAGGACCAGCGGCCUGCGGUGAGAACCAGCGGCCUAGGGUGAGGACCUGGCGAAUAACGGGAGGUGAUGGGGCGAUGAGAAUCCUGACUGCGUCCUUAUUUCUUAUAUAAAGGAUAAAGCUGCAUUAUCUUCUGUGAUAGUGCCAUAGUUGAUAUCAGGAAGAACUGUUGCAACAGCCGCAGCGAGGAGAAGCACGGCACGUCUUGAUCACCAAGCUCGGGGGUUCAGAAGGUAGGGAAAAUCAUGUCGAACCGUGAAUUAAUAUAACAUGUGACCAGUGGCGAACAUACUGUCAACUCAUGGGUCCAUGAGACGGAUACGGUCAUAGUCUAACAGUGUCGUGUCAGAUAUUAUGGGUUGACACCCUCUAUAAGGGUUCCGAUGCGUCGUGGAUUUGGGCUCCAAAGUAACGUUGAUAUGUGUACCGCAACGAUGUUGAACACGGCGCUUGAAUAGUGUGGGAAAAAGAGACUGAUUCGUCACUAAAACACUGUGAAACCGUAAGGGAUAGUUUGUGAUCACUACAGUCUUAAGUGUUCUCGAGAAACAACAUCCUGGUCUCAUCCGGCCAUGUGCGCACAGACAGCUUCGUCCCAGAUUGUUCUUGGGCUGAAGAUAUUACGUAAGUCACGUUCCGAAUGUAUAUUAAGGCAUUCUGUUAUACGGAUAUUUUCAUAUUUGUAUAUAUUUUGAAGUGUGAGUACCUGAGAAGAGCAAGAGAGACAUUGUUGACACCGUGGUCUGCUUCACCGACAUUUAGUGUAUAAAGUGUGUUUAGUUCCUCUCCGACGUUCAUGUUAACGUAGGUGGCCGUUGUUGGUGUCCGGCUCUGUCUCAUGCCUUGUGUGCCAGUACUUGUGUAAACCUUAUUGAAAAGUUCCACACUGCCACUUGGUGUAAGUGUGAUACACUUCCACUAGGUGUAAGUGUCCCACACUACCACUAAGUGUAAGUGUUCCACACUACCACUAAGUGUAAGUGCAGGUUGGCCGUGGAAUCCAGUCCACAUUAAAGUGACAAAACCAUUAGUUAUCUGCCAAUAUUUGGCGGGACAUUUGGGCUCUUAAUACUUCUCUGGUCAAUGUAAAAGUUCUGGAGUCAGGGAACCUUACCAACACCUCGAACACUUCACCAGUAAGUGUCGUGGGUUUGUGGCAACGUUCUCAGGCGUCCAGACACGUGCUGUAGACGUCGCCAGGCACGUGCUGUAGACGUCGCCAGGCACGUGCUGUAGACGUCGCCAGGCACGUGCUGUAGACGUCGCCAGGCACGUGCUGUAGACGACGUCUAUCGACGUCAGCUCGCCGUCGUCAGGCAGAUCAAGCCUUCCAAGCCAGAACUUAUUUAUACGUCUGAUGAAUAACCUCACUGAUGAGGCCACUAACGUACCAAUAAUAGACGUAAUAACACAAGACGUACCAACACUAAACUUAAAAACACUAGACGUACCAACACAAGACGUACCAACACUAGACGUACCAACACUAGACGUACCAACAUUAGACGUACGUACACUAGACGUACCAACACUAGACGUACCAACAUUAGACGUACCUACACCAGACGUACAAACGCUAGACGUACAAACACUAGACGUAAUAAUAGGAGCAACAAGAUUUGACGUACGAAUAACAGACGUAACAACAAUAGACGAACCAACAAGACGUAACAACAAUAGACGUAACAAUGCUAGUCGGAGUCAAAUGGUUUCUCUUAACAGGCCCCGAACCAUUUAACCAUAAAUAUACAGACACAUUUAGAAGCUGAAAGACCAGAAUGUGGGGUAGAAUUUAUUUGUAAAUGUUGUGCUUCGCUUGCCAGAUUUUCUCAUUCAACAUUUUACAAAAUGUCAAUUAAGGAUGUAGGCAAAAAAAAUGAAAUCCCUUUGUUAAAUAAGUGAAAACAUGAGGUUGUCACAGCCAGUGUGAAGGCGGGUUGUAUGAAGCGAGAGAAUCAUUACUCACUCCGUCUGGAACACAAAGAGAGUCAGGAUGUGUACACUCCAAUUAUUUUGGAUACUUAAGGAAAGGCGCCUCUCCCUUUGUUAUAUUUGAGACCAGCAAAAAUAUACUUGCCCACUGAUACAAAUUAUAUUAGUGACUACGAUAUAUUUGCAAAUCUGCAUUUAUUUUUUAAAGUUUAAAUAUUAAAUGUGUUCAUCUUGUGUAAUGGUGAGAGGAUAGAGUUUUUGUCAUAUAUAUAAUGCAAUUGCAAUCAUUGGAGCAGCAUACAGAUUGGUGAUGUAAGCUGUGUAUUACCACAACUCUAAAAGAUCUUGUUAAAGAUCAGUCUUGGCUAGAUUUUGGCCUUAAGGCUUUUUAACCUCUGGGGGGAUAUUAAAGCCACUACAAUACUUGACUGACUUGACCAGUAAGUAUACUAUAGUUCUGAACAUAGUCCAGAAGUAAAUUCUCACAGUGUGCAGAAGCGAGGCACACCUAUUGGUGACCUCUUGUGAUGCCUCCCUGACUCUACCCUCUGACGCCACUACUCCAGAAUGACAUGGUGGACUUCUUGCAAUAUUUGGGUUACACAAUACACCUGCCCAUAACGCUUCUCAUCUUUAUUCCCAUGAUUGUGUCUCAUACUUCCCUGUCCGUCUGCUAGUCUGCUUUUCUCAUACCUCCAUAUAUUUUCGAAUAAUUUUUAAUUAAUUCUGAUACUCGCUCUCUCUCUCCUCUCUCUCUCUCUCUCUCUCUCUCUCUCUCUCUCUCUCU